AUGUGGGGCGCCAGGGCCCAGCAAUCGGGCCUGGGUGGGUAUGGGGCCGGCCUGCUGGCUGCUCUGCUUGGCCUGAGCUUCCUGUCCCAGCAUGCCCAGGCCGCAGAACCCACCAGUGUCAUCAGCGCUGAGAAUAACACAAACACCAAGACCAUGAAGUCCAAUCCAUCCCUGUCAGAAGUAUGUGGCAAGACCAAAUUCCAAGGGAAGAUCUUUGGCGGUCAUAUUGCAAAGGCUGAGCGGUGGCCAUGGCAGGCCAGUCUGCGCUUAUAUGGCAGGCACAUCUGUGGAGCAGCUCUCAUCGACAAAAACUGGGUAGCCAGCGCUGCCCACUGCUUCCAAAGGUCUCGAAACCCAAGUGACUACAAGAUCAGGCUAGGGUACACCGAUUUGGACAAUCCCACCAGGUACAGCAAGGAGAUGUCAGUGAAGAAGGUUAUUGUUCAUGAGAACUACGACAAAUUCCACCGCCAAGGAAGUGACAUUGUCCUGUUGCAGCUGCAUUCCUCUGUGGAGUACAGCUCCCACAUCCUCCCAGCCUGUGUCCCUGAGGAAAACAUUAAAAUCCCCAAAGAGAAGCGCUGCUGGACAAGUGGCUGGGGGCAUCUCAGAGAGGAUGUGCGACUUCCUUUGCCUAAUCAGCUGUAUGAAGCCGAGCUCAUCAUCAUGAACAAUGACCAGUGUAAAGGAUUUUUCCCGUCACCAUCUCCAGGAUCCAAUAGAGAUUACUACAUAUACGAUGACAUGGUGUGUGCUGCUGACUAUAACAUGUCAAAAUCCAUCUGCGCAGGAGAUUCUGGAGGCCCCUUCGUCUGUUUACUAGAAGGCUCCUGGUACCUGAUAGGACUGACCAGCUGGAGCGCGUCAUGUGAGGAACCACUCGCCACCCCCAGUGUCUUCGCCAGGGUCUCCUACUUUAACAAGUGGAUUCAAGAUAACAAGAAAGUAUCAUCCAACUCAAGCCCAGGGGGGUCCUAUCGGCCCCCUCACUAUACUAGACCCCCUCACGGUCAGAAAACCCCGGAAAAUCCAAAAACCCCUGGGAUUAAAAUUCCCGAGGACAAUAACAAUUCUGUUAUCAAGCUGACAGUCUGCAUAGCCCUGCUGCUCUCCCAGGUCCUCCUGCAACAGUUGAUUUAG